AACAUACAGUUACAAUCAACAUCUUUUUAAAUUAACAAAUUAAGUACUAAAACAAAUAAAGUAUAUUUGAUCUUGUAGGGAAUAUAAUCUAUGUUUCUAACUCCCCCUUUUUCGAAUAGGCUUAUAACUUUCUUUCAACUUAAUGAAUACAUGUUAACCUAAUUAAAAUGUGCUAUAACUUAAGGCCUGUGUGAACUGGUAAUGUAUAACGUGACGUUACCACCAAUUUGAGAGCAGUGAAUUAUCAAUCGGACCAGUGACGUAUAAAACGCGUACGAGCAGUCUAGGGUCUUUAUCGGUCCUGCUUCCUGCCUAACCCACGCAUCCAGUUAAGUCCAGAACACCAAUCUCAGCCUCUGCAGUAUGAAUUAUGUAUUCCAAACAUACUGGGUUCAUAUACCAACCAGAUGGACCAUAUCGUACCAUAAAAUAGAAAACAACAUUUGUACAAGAUUUAGCCAAAAGUGGCUGUGAAUGGGGUAGGUAGUAAUUAAUAGACAGGGCAUAACUCGAGAAUGGUAAAUGGUAUAAUAAUAGUUCAUAGGUCAAAACAAAUCUCAUAAUAAGAGGGACGUGAAUAUAAAUAACAAAAUGUUUACAAAAAUCUACACAUAAGCACUAGUCGUUGAUAAUCAACUUUACUUUAUACAAAAAGAAACCCAUAUUAGUUCGAUUUUUUUUUAUCACUCUUGAGGAUGUAAUUGCAGGUCAAGUAUAUUAACUUUUUACAUUUUGACAUUGACUAUCAUUUCAGAUUUUCUUGCUGUUAAUCUGUGUACUAUUAAAGUUAAUUGUUCAGUGUAUGUGAUCAUACCUAGUAAUGUGCUAUCUAUUGAUUAUCUCAUUAUUGUUACUCUGUACUCAAGUAAUAAUAAUCCGUUUAUAAGUUAGGUCAAGGUUAACUAAGUAGAUCUAAUGGAAAUAUUCUUAAAAUACUACUUUAUUUAAAUUAAUUCGUGUAUGAAGUACUAUUAGUCUCUGUAUAAUAUAUCUCAAUUACUACUAAAUGACUAAAUUGUAAUCUGAGUUCUUCGAUUAUUUGAAUACAUCUUACUAUAUUUCAAGCUUGAUUACUUAUUUCAGUAUUUCAUGUGAAGCUGAUAUAACAUUGGGGAAGUUGAUGAGAUAUUUCGCUAUAUUCUUGAGAGCUGCAAACUGUUUAUAAGAGUACAUUAUCUUUAUGCCACUGUAUAUUAGUUGAGUUGUGUAGAAUUUUUUAAAUGUGGUAAAUUUGUAACAGAAAGAAAAAUUUAUCCUAACUAUUAAGUUGGUUAUCUCCACAGUUCAUGUCUUUGAAUUACCUGUUCUUUAUGCAAUCCCUUUGCCAUCAACUAAUUAAUCGAUAUUCAUUGACACAGUCUUUCAUCAUCAAUCAAUUUACGAUAUAAUAUUGUCAAAGGAGAUUGUAAUGAAUGGGUUAAACACGACCAUUAUGCAGGUCUCAGAAUACGAUUUAUAUGACUCUGCCCAUACUAAAGUAUCUAAAUCGCACGACACAGGAUUUAUCGCAACAAUCACAUGUCACUAUACUUGCGCACAAAUUUUAUCGGUAGUACGGAAUCUGUAAAAAUAAUCAUUAGUUAUUUAUAGCAAUAGAAAUGGUGUUACUCUAUCAGAUAUCAUCAUCAUCAUCAUAAAACACUACCGGCAAAACAGUAAACGAUAACGAAUCAAGCUUGAUUCGAACGGGAUCAAACAAAAUUACUGAAUGAACGCUAUUGCGUUAAGUUUUGGAACGUUCAAGCAAACCAAUAACUUCACUUACAGAGAUUCUGGGUCACUUCUGAAAAUCCAGUGGGAAUUUAUCGCCUUUAGAGUCAACCAAGUUGAAUAUGAAGUAAUACUUACUUACUCCUGUUACUCCUCGUUAAGGAGUAUAGGCCACUCACCAUCCAACCCUGUCCUGGGCAAUCCUUUCCAGCUCUUUCUAGUUGUUAUUCAUCCUUUUCAUAUCUGCUUCUAUUCCCCGACGUAAUGUGUUCUUUGGCCUUCCUCUUUUCCGCUUCACUUCAGGAUUCCAAGUUAGGGCUUGUCUCGUGAUACAGUUUGGUGAUUUCCGUAAUGUAUAUUCUAUCCACUUUGAAUAUCUUUUCCUAAUUUUCUCUUCAACUGGAAGCUGGUUUGUUCUCUCACAUAGUAGGCUGUUGCUGAUGGUAUCCGGCCAAUGGAUGUUGAAUAUCUUGCGUAGACAACUGGAUGAAGAUCAAACUUGAAAAUUAGUUUAUUAAUUUUUCAAGAAUAAAAAUUAUCAUCAAGCUGUACUAAUAUUUUUUUUGUAGACAGCAUAUCGAAUGAUGUAUAGAUAAUAAAACAUAAGAAGAUAAACCCUAUUUUUAUUAUGUACCUUGCUUGUUUUAAAGUCUCACUCUGUAUGAUAAUAAAUAAUACUAACCAGUUGCUCAAAUAGAUGUGGAUGGUGCGAAUGCUUAAUGGUUGGAAAUCGAGUGUUUCAACUACACUACAGCUCAUUGCUCCAUUGUUGUAUGUUCUCUGUUUUUUUUUGCAAUUCAAUAAAGUCAAUAUCAUAUCAUUAUAGUGUAGUUUGUUGAAUUCUUACAUCAAUUCGUAAAUAUCUUAUCCGUUAAGUUUGCUGUUUCCAUAGUUAGACAAAAUUAGCAGACCAAUUGUAUUUUUAGAAGAUUUUUAACCAGUUCAUUGGUGUGUUUUAUUGUUUAUGUUACUAAGUAUUAUUGUAUUUACAUUUGCUGUUGUUUGCUCUCUAUAUCACUUAAUAAUUUAACCAAUCUCUUUCUCAUUAUACAUUUGUGAAUGUGUAAAUCUUAAUGUAAUUUCUUCUAUCUGUUUAGUCAUGAUUUGUAAAUAUUAGUUCUAUAACAAUAAUAACACAUUCAAUCAUUUGAAAGCGAAUAUAGUACACAGAGACUUUAAGUUAUAAUUAACUUUACUAUCCAGUGGUAACUAUUGUAAAAUUGAGUAAUGUAGGCAUGAGUCCUAUAAGGAGAAUUAGUUCUUUCAAGAUUUAAAAUGUACUUUAAUAACGUGUUCCAAGUAACACGAAACUUGGGCUCAGGGGAUCCUCCCAACUUCAUUCAACCUAUUAACAUAUUCUUUCUAAAAAUGAUCCUCAUCUCGUAAGUAUUUUCGCGUUUUGUGAUGUUAUAUAAACAAUAUAAGGUAGUACAGUUGAUUAUUCACUGUAUUGGUUAAAAUAUUUUUGUUAUUAGUAGUUUCAACCAGGUUUAUUUUACAUUUAUUGUUGAAGUUCUUUUCGUUAUCUGAGUUUCAGUUGAAAAUUUUUUCGAAAAAUGUAGCUACUUUUUAAAAUCGAAUACAAUUCAUUAUGUUAGAAGGUGGGGAAAAUGCCAGGACUAUCAUUGGUUGCAAUAGCUCGGUCAUGUUCUUUGAAACAAGAUCUACUACAGACAACCACUAAACCAGUUGUGAAAAUGCGUUCUAAAGUAAAACGUCGAUCUACUGUUGCACAUGUCAGUCAAAGAAAAUCCGGUUCAUUAUUCACUAUCUCAUCGAUUUACAAACCGAAUAACGUACCGGUAUCAACUAACACUAAUCAAUUAUCAUGUGAAAAAUCAAUUAAUACCAUACAAUCAAGAAACAAUCAUAAUAAAUCAGCAACUACUCAUCAUACUUCUUUUAAAGUUACUGUAUGUCCUACAUGGAUAGAUAAAUCGAUGGUCACUAUAGAUUUACCAUCUAUUAAACCAAUUAUAUCGAAGAAAAUUUGGCGAACUGAAAUCAAUUUACCAAUUUUAUCACCAAUAAUAAAAAAGAAUCAUAAUGUUGAUAAUAUAAAAUCAACAAUCAUAUAUGAUUAUGGAAAAUCUCAACAACAACAAAAUAACAAAAUGAAUGAUUAUAUGAUUGAUGAAAUAGUCGAUCAAUUAAUUACAGAUGUAAUCACUUCUGACACAAAAUCACCUUCAAUUACAUCAUGUGUAUUUGAACUUAUGCAUGAUAUUCAUUCGACUGUUGUCAAAUCACCAUAUACUACUUCUAUUACUUCUAAUGCCACGAUCAUCACCACUUCUGUUGUUCCUAAUUCUACUGCUAAAAUGGAACAUGUUGCUAAGGGAAAAGCUAAUAGUAAUGUUAACAAUCGUAUUCGUGAAACAAUUGUUCAUCCUAAGAAACAGUUGACUCCAUCAGAAACUAUUGAACAUAAAUCUCUUGUCGUCAAUGAUGGAUUGAAAGAUCCACUUUCAUCAUUGCCUUCAACAACUGAUUUUCAUGAUAAUAAUAAAUCGAAAAUGGCUGUAUCUCCACUUAAACGUCAAAAUAGUGCUUAUCGUACAAGAACACGAACGCGUAGAUUUGUUAUUGAUGGUCAAACGAUUACUACAACAUCGAAACGCAUUGUAAACACUAAUUUAGAAGAUAAAAGGUUCUGUGAAGACGAACAAAUUAAACGUAAAGCUGCUUUACGUGCAUUCAGAAUAUUAGCCAAACAAGAAGCACAUCAAACACGUGAACUGAAUGAACGUGCACAACAACAAAUUGAUAUAUUAGAGAAUAAAAUGAAUGCAGAAUUUUCAACAUUGACAAAAACCUAUGAUCAUAAAAUGGAAAUUGUUAUACGUAAUUAUAAAUUACAAAUAGAACGAUUAGAUAAAGAAUUCGAAGUGGAAAUGAAACGUAUUCGAUCAGAAACUUCUAAAGAAGAGCGUACAUUUAAAGAUCGUUUAAAAAGUGAAAUUGAUACAUAUGAUCGUGCUAUGCGUAAAGCUGCUAAACGUGAUCUUAAUAAAUAUGAUCAUAUUCAAUCAUCUAAUUAUGAUAUUAAAUCAAAUUCAUCAUUAACUUCAUUAAAAUCAAAUCAUUCCACUAAUAAUAAUAAUAAUAACAAUGAUCAUAAUAAUUCACUUGUUUCUCAACGUUUAACAUUGUUUCGUGAAAAUCAAGAAUCACGUAUGAAUAGUCGUAUUUAUGAUUUACAUAAUGAAUAUAAUAAACGUCGAAAUUUAAUACAUUCAGAAUAUUUAAAUGAAAUUCAUACAUUAAGAUUAAAUUUUGAGGAAGAUAAAUGGAGAACGGAACAUCGUUUCUUAUCUAUGAAACAUCAAUUGGAUAGAAAUCGUCAGCUAGACUUAUUUAUGAUUAAACGUGAACAAUUAACUGGUCGAUCGGAACUUGAAUUAACGGAAUUGAAACAGACAAUCAACAUGGAACGAAGUAAACUUCAAGCAAUUCAUUCCAUAGAGAGAAAAAAUUGUAUAAAAUCCAUGAAGUCUGUUAACAAACGUAGUAUUCUGACAUUACAACGCCAAUCUAGAAUCAAUGCCAUCCAAUUGAAUGAAGCUCAAAAGCGUAUGAAUGAAGAAUUAGAAUUGUUAGAAUCGAAACAUAAAGCUCAAACGGAUGAAUUAGAACAGAGUAUACAUUUUCGAUUACAAGAAUUAGAACAAAGUACCAUUGAGAAACGUAAUGCUUUAAUUGAUCAAGAAACUAAACGUUUACAAGAAUUAGAUAAUCGACAUCAAAAUGAAAUGCGUAUCUAUUCAGAAUCUUUACCUCGAAUAAAAGCUUUAAUGAAAGAACAAUUUGCUCAAGAAUAUAAAGAAGAUUCUUUCAAAAUAAAUUAUAAUAAUUAUCGAUCAUAUAGUCCAAAAUCUCAUCGGCAUAGAUUACCAAUUCCUAUAUCAAGUUUAACAAAUCUACGUUGGGGUUCACUUUCUAAUUCGAAUACAAAAUUAAAUAAUCUAUUAGAAUCUCGACCAAGUCGAUUGAUUACAUUAUUCUCUUCAGAUUUAAAUCAUAAUAAGACAAGUUCAUCGGAUUCAAUGUGAAUUAUCAUACUAAAUAGCAUUAUAUAGUGUUAAUCAUUUUAAACUUAUUCAAUGAAUAUCUUAUUCACACUUCUUUUAAUCCUGCGGUUGUGAUUAUUACUACUUCACAAAUUAUAUAGAUAUAGAUAUAUAUUAAUGUACACGGAUAUAACUUUAUCAUCCUAUGCCUAAUUUAUAUGUUACCUUAUUCCACAUCAUGAAAUCUUCUACCAAUUUGAUCUUAACAGAGAGGAAAAAAUAAUCCUACUUUUAAAUGAUCCAAUUACUAUAGACACUAUUAUUAUUAUUAUUAUUAUUACUUGUAAAAACCAAACAAGCAUCACUUCACGCUCAGAGUAUGUCUACGUCUACGUGUGUGUGUGUUUGUACGUGUACAAUUCAAUCUCCUUCGUAUACAUAUAUUUCCGAUGAUUAAACUGAUUAAACUGUCUUCCAUUGAUAAUCAUUAUUAUUUUGUUAAGAACAGCAUUAUUUUGUUUUUGUAAUUUUAGACUGUUUCUUUUUUUAUGAAAAAUGAAAUUGUUAUUACAUUUAUAAAUGAAUAAUAAAAAGGACUUUUUUAACUGA